AUGGCUACAAAGAUGGGCGCGCCGAGCCAGAUGCCCCCCAUACCUAAUAGGGAGGAUAUUGGGGCAACAUGGACCUACCUACAGGCUGGAAUCGCACGCGUCAUGAACGAACUUGAACAGGGUAUCGACAUGCAGAUGUACAUGGGCGUAUAUACGUUAGUGGCAUUUGAUUCGCAUCUUCUCGGCGAAGAGUUAUACAAUAAGCUUAUAGAUUACCUGAAGCACCAUCUCGAGGACCUGGUAAACCAAAGCAAAACGCACACUGACGAGGCUUUGCUCGCUUUCUACAUUAAGGAAUGGGGCCGAUACACAGUCGCUGCCAAGUACAUCCAUCACCUUUUCCGCUACCUCAACCGACACUGGGUGAAGCGCGAGAUUGACGAGGGUAAAAAGAACAUCUACGACGUCUACACACUACAUCUCGUACAAUGGAGGAAGGAGCUCUUUGAGAAGGUCAACGUCAAGGUCAUGGAUGCUGUCCUUAAACUUGUUGAGAAGCAAAGGAACGGCGAGACUAUCGAGCAUAGCCAAAUCAAGCAGGUCGUGGAUUCUUUCGUCUCCCUGGGACUGGACGAAGCAGACCCAUCCAAGUCCACGCUCGAUGUCUAUCGCUUCCAUUUCGAGCGCCCGUUCCUCACUGCCACCAAGGAAUUCUACCUUGCCGAGUCGAAGCAGUUUGUGGCAGAGAACAGUGUUGUGGAAUAUAUGAAGAAGGCUGAGACACGUCUUGCCGAAGAAGAGGAACGCGUUGGCAUGUAUUUGCAUCGGGACAUUGCCCUUCCGCUUAAAAGGACUUGCAACCAAGCUCUCAUUGCGGACCACUCAGCUCUCCUCAGAGAAGAGUUCCAAGUGCUUCUUGAUAACGACCGAGAGGAGGACAUGGCCAGAAUGUACAACCUCCUAUCAAGAAUUCCAGAUGGCCUGGAUCCUCUUAGAGCCCGUUUCGAGACACAUGUCAGAAAGGCUGGUCUUGCUGCUGUGCAAAAGAUUCAGUCUGCGGAAGGUGACAAGCUCGAGCCAAAGGUUUAUGUGGAUGCUCUACUCGAUAUUCACACGCAGUACCAGGGCCUCGUCGAGAGAGCUUUCAAGAACGAACCUGAGUUCACACGAUCUCUGGAUAACGCAUGCAGAGAGUUUGUCAACCGAAAUGAAGUGUGCAAAUCCGGGUCCAGCAAGUCGCCGGAGCUACUGGCCAAGUACGCUGAUGUUUUGCUCAGAAAGAGCAGCACAAGCAUCGAGGAAUCCGAAUUGGAACAUACCCUUGAUCAGAUAAUGACGGUAUUCAAGUACAUCGAAGACAAGGAUGUCUUCCAAAAGUUUUAUUCUCGUAUGCUUGCCCGACGUCUAGUGAACAGCAACUCAUCUUCCGAUGACGCUGAGACCAGCAUGAUCAGCAAACUCAAAGAAGCUUGUGGUUUUGAGUAUACCAACAAGCUCCAGCGUAUGUUCCAGGAUAUGCAAAUUUCAGGGGACCUGAACAAGGAGUUUCGGGUUCACCUCGAAGGCGUUGAGUCGACAAAGGUAGUUGACUCAACUUUCUUUAUCUUGGGAACAGGUUUCUGGCCGUUGACAGCGGCCAACACUGACUUCAACCCGCCUCCCGAAAUUGCAGCCGAGAUUGAGCGAUUCACCCGCUUCUACAAGCACAAGCAUGAUGGCCGUAAGCUUACGUGGAUGUGGAAUCUUUGCAAGGGUGAGAUCAAGGCAAGCUACUGCAAGGCAAGCAAGACGCCCUACACUUUUCAGGUAUCAAUCUACCAGAUGGCCAUCCUACUUCUUUUCAAUGAGAAGGACAGCUAUAGCUACGAUGAUAUCCUCAGCGCUACCCAACUUAGCAAGGAGGUUUCAGACCAGGCAAUUGCUGUUCUUCUGAAGGCCAAGGUUCUCAUCAUGUCAGGUGCAGCUGGUGAAAAGCCAGGAUCUGGUAAAACUUUCAAGCUCAACUAUGACUUCAAGAGCAAAAAGAUUCGCAUCAAUCUGAACAUUGGCGGUACCAAGGAGACCAAGCAAGAGGAGGUCGAGACUAACAAGACAAUCGAGGAGGAUCGAAAGUUGGUUCUUCAGUCCGCAAUCGUACGAAUCAUGAAGGCACGUAAGAAGAUGAAGCACACGCAACUAGUCAGCGAGACCAUCAACCAGAUCCGGUCGCGGUUCGUGCCUAAAGUUGGCGAUAUCAAGAAGUGCAUAGAAAUUCUGCUGGACAAGGAGUACUUAGAGCGUCUGGAGGAUGAUGAGCUAGGAUACCUUGCCUAA